CGGUGCCAGCGAGUGCGUGUGUCCGGGGGCGUGGCGGGAGGAGGAGAUAAGGGAGUCGGACAAUGGCAGGAGAUUACAGGGAAGCGGCUGGGCCUGCACCGUCGUAUUGACUCCCGAGCCCGGGACAUCGGACCCAGCGACUCGCGAUCACGCAGGGAACGAUGGAUCGUAUGAAGAAGAUCAAGCGCCAGCUGUCCAUGACCCUGCGUGGUGGGCGGGCCACAGAGAAAACAUCCAAUGAGCACUGUGAGCCAGUAACAGGGGAGGAGACUAACAGCAGUGAUAAUGAGCCCAUCGUCAGAAAUGGGAGAAGCCUCUCGUCCCACAGCAUGCAAUCCUUCCUGCACCACUACACAGCCAGCUCCUUUCAAAAGCCGCCCAUCCCCCGGCCUCACAGCGCCGUCUGCCGCAGCCUCAGCUCAUACCUGAAUCGGACCAGCAGACUAGAGAUUGUGCAUGAAGACUUAAAGAUGGGCUCUGAUGGAGAGAGCGACCAAGCGUCCGGCUCCUCGGAUGAGGUUCAGUCCCCAGUGCGAGUCCGAAUGAGGAACAACGCUGCUCGAAAAAUAUCAACAGAGGACAUCAACAAGCGCCUGUCCCUUCCCGCUGAUAUCCGUCUUCCUGAGGGUUACCUGGAGAAGCUGGCGCUAAGUAGCCCUCCUUUCGACAAACCCCUGAGCAGACGACUGCGGCGAGUCUCUCUGUCAGAAAUUGGAUUUGGGAAGCUGGAGACUUACAUCAAGCUGGACAAACUGGGAGAGGGUACCUAUGCCACUGUGUACAAAGGGCGCAGCAAGCUGACUGAGAACCUGGUGGCCCUGAAGGAGAUCCGAUUGGAACAUGAGGAAGGGGCACCGUGCACAGCUAUUCGGGAAGUUUCUCUUCUGAAGGACUUGAAACAUGCAAACAUUGUUACCCUGCAUGAUAUCAUACACACCGAGAGGACCCUGACCCUCGUCUUUGAGUAUCUGGAUAAAGAUCUGAAGCAGUAUUUGGAUGACUGUGGGAACCUUAUUAACCUCCAUAAUGUUAAGCUCUUCCUCUACCAGCUCCUUCGGGGUUUGUACUAUUGCCACCGACGUAAAGUUCUGCACAGGGACCUAAAACCUCAGAACCUGCUGAUCAAUGAGAAAGGGGAACUCAAGCUGGCAGACUUUGGAUUGGCUCGUGCAAAAUCCAUUCCCACCAAGACUUACUCUAAUGAAGUGGUGACACUCUGGUACAGACCCCCCGAUAUACUGCUUGGAUCCACAGAAUACUCCACCCAGAUUGAUAUGUGGGGUGUAGGCUGCAUCUUCUACGAGAUGGUCACAGGGCGACCCCUUUUCCCUGGAUCCACGGUGGAGGAACAACUACACUUUAUAUUCCGAAUUCUAGGAACUCCCACAGAGGAAACCUGGCCUGGGAUUCUGUCUAAUGAAGAAUUUAAAUCCUAUAAUUACCCCAAAUAUUACCCGGAUCCCAUCCAGAAACACGCUGCAAGACUGGACUCCGAUGGAGCGAAACUUCUGUCCAAACUACUGCAGCUGGAAGGGAGGAAACGGAUCUCGGCAGAAGAAGCAAUGAAGCACUUGUAUUUUCAGGAACUGGGGGAGAGGAUCCACAAACUACCAGACACCACUUCCAUCUUUGCACUUAAGGAGAUUAGCCUGCAGCCAGAGAUAAAGCACAGGCCGGUACCAGAGCCAGUUCACAUCCAGUCACGGAGGCUCAGCCUUGUCCUCGGGUGAAGUCCUUGGGCUCGGUUUUCUUUUUAGAAGACAACGAUCCAGAUGGCUGGAAGAAGAGAAGCAAUGCCGGGCAAAGCCCACCAGACUGCCCUCUCUGUGCCCACAGUGGAUGGACAAGUGAAUGAGGAUAUUAGGCAGUGCCAGCAUGUGGCAUCUACAAUACCCAUAUUAUCUCUCCCAAUGCCAUGUUAUCACAGUGCUGACACUAUGUGCUGAUCUGCUGCUGUCCCCAACCAGGGACACACACUCCCUGCUCCACCUCCUUUCCCAGUUCUCCCUCGUGUGCUCGUCUUCUACCUUUGCAUUGAGGCCCGAGAGACUAUAUCAUCAGUUCUGUGUCCUUCAUUACAACAAUGACCAGUCCCUUGUGAAGCCAAGAAACAUGGACACUUAUCAGGGGAAAGCCAAUACCCCAAACCCUCAGCAUCACAUUGGAAACAGCUGGCAGUUGGUUGGCAGUUUCUGAAAAUGGUAGAAGCGUGGAGCAAAGGAUGUGUAAUUCUCUGCAGCUGGAUGACACGGGUGCUAGUCCAGAUGUUUUCUCCAAGCAAGUUACUUUCUCAGGAUUAAAGUACUGGAGGCCGAGAACUCAGUAUUAUAGGCAACUGGGUGUCAGUUACCCUUAUAUACAGUAUGGAUUAAGCUGCUGUGUGGGGCAUUAGGGCACAUAUGUAAAAGAAGGACCAAUGGGUCUUUGGUAGAAGAACGAUGCUGAGUAAGCGGGUGAUGUGAACUGUAGCUUUACCGCAGUUAUUCCGGCCCAUGAAGGCCACCCUUCUUCCCUGUAAUUUAUAAUUCAUUUAAUAUCACCCAGGAGAGGAGGCAAGGGGCCCCAAAUCUUCCUGCUGCUGUGUAUCAACUGUAUGAACAAAUAAUAAACCUCAAAAAGCCAGA